AUGGCCUUCUCUUUGCAGGAAGCGCUCGAACAGAUCCGCAGCGACAAGAUCAAGGACCGUCAGUCAGGCCUCGAGGCACUCGAACACAUCUUCUCGGAUUCCAAUAAUGUCGUCAACCUCGACCCCAAACAGGAUGGAAAGGCGUGGCUCAAGGUGUUUCAGGCGCUCUUCGCAUGCGUGCUCGCCGAGAAGGCUGCCUGCAUCCGCAAGGGCUCCUUCCUCGAUGCACAGCCCGUCUCCCUCGCCAGAUUGCAGCGCGCAGCUCAGAUGCUGCGUUCACUCGUAGACAAGGCUGCUCCCCUUUUGACUCGAAAGGUGGUCAAGGCUCUCAUAACGCACAUCCUCCAAAUGAUCAACCAUCGUGGCACCCUCCUUCGACCCGUCGCACCCGCAUACAUAUCUGCGCUAUGCGCUGUCUUGAGCCACCAGCAUCACGUCGACCAUCUCGAUCCGGAAGACUGGCGAGCAGCAGCUUGUUUAUGCUUUGACAUGCUUCUGGGACGAGACCUCGACAGUCCUGCUGGAGGCAGCGACCCUACCGCAUGGCUGGCUUCGUUGCCGUCCUCUCCAACACUGACUGCACACCAGCGCGGCCUCAGCCUCGAGGACACUGUCACUGCGGAAUGCCUCCGCCACCUUCUCGCUUCGACUGUAGCGCCCUUGCUCGGAUCGAAUGGCCAUGGUCUCUCACUUCUUGCCGACUAUACCCGAUUCUUUCUCACCUUUCCAGGGGAGUCAUCGGCUCACUUGCCAGCCAUGACCGGAUUGGUAGCCUUGGUGGAGCACCUCGAACUCAACCACCCGUACUCGGUGCUUCUUGCAUCGCUCGCUCUACGAUCCUCCAUCAUCGCACUUUGGAAGACCAAAAAUCAUCUGCUCAAAAAGCGAACACUAUUGUUCCUGCGCAUCGUCAGCCCGCUUCUGGCUUCUUUUGCAGGAGGGCAGUCCGAGAUAGCGCCGUCACAGGAUGGCGCUAGUGGUCAGGCAAUCCGAGCCAACGCAACGAUGUUUCUGCACGAAGUUUAUGAUCUCCUUCUUCACGAUCACGACACCCGCUGGGCACUCGAACCCAUCAAAAUGGACGCACUUGUCUUCUAUUGGCCAGCGCAACGAAGGUUCAACCCUCAACAACACCAAUCAGCUCUCAGCAACGCGGCAUUUGGUCUUGGGCCCAUGUCGAAGGAACAAGACUCGCUCGCCUGGUGUCGGAUUGGCCUGCAAGUAGAAAUCUUGGAUGCACUCAUCACCUCAGAGUCCGCGCGGCAAGGCAACGGCGCGUCUGCUCCCUUGACUGUUCGUCAAGAUGAGCAAGAAGAACCACCAUCGAGCACUGCAGCAAGUCAGCGCUCCGUGCUACACCCCCGACCGUCCAAUGCCAAACGCGGAGCGGAUACGACGUCUUCGAGUCCACAAAAGCGAAGACGGAAGAGCCCGUUCGACGCUCAACUUAACCAGCCAGAGCGAACACACAUGGAACAGUUGCUCGACACGGUGUUCAAUGCUGCCUCGACACCCAUCGUGGGUGCGGGUACAAGGCUCGGGGCUCUACAAUUGCUUGUCUUUGUUCUCCUCACACGACCCAAUCUCAUCGAGCCGUCGAUGCUGCUCGAAGCACGUCAGCGCUUGCUGACGCUGGCCGCUGACCCAGAUCCACUGCUGGUCUCAUGGAGCUUGGUAGGCCUCGGCGCGGCGGUGCUCAUAUCCGACCGCAGCGGGGCCGCGGAUGCAGAAAUCGGUCAUCCGUCAGCGCGCGCUAGCCUCCAUCACUGGGGAAUCGCCGUACGCAAGCUAGAAUUACCCGAAACUUGCCGCAGCGCUGCUUUUUUGCUCAACGCCAUGCUGUCGAGGGCAGCGCUCCCUGAUUCAGUGUUGCGGCCAGAUAUCACCCGUCUGGUAGCAGAGGUCGAUCUACAAGGUCCACCGUUCCUCUGCGAUACCGUUUGCCAUUUGAUGACAUUGCUGUUGCAACGCACCACCUCAGAUCGCACCUUUCUCCAUCUCGACGCCCGCAGAAAGAUUGGAGCCUGGUUCGCAAACUCGUAUACGCCGGCAGAGGCUCCACGGUCGUCGACGCAAAGCGCAGCCGGUCGAAGCAUGCAGCUGUUCACACCAUAUCAUGACCUCCUUCGUCUCGUGGGCUGCGUCAUUGCCGAGCGAGCGCUGGAAUCUUCCGCUCCACAAAGUGUGGCAGCACACAACGACGAGGUGGCGACACUACUCAGUCGGCUAGCACGAUUGCAGUCGUUGCGUGAAUUGACAUUAUGCAACAAGUGUACACAACUCGAAGUCGACAUCAAUACUGUGAGCGAAAGGGUUACCCACGCGAGACCACCACUGCUUUCGAUGGAGGAUUUCGAGAGGUUGGCGGCCAUCCUCGAAAAGAAGGUCGGCAUCUGUUUGGACCUGCUCGACUCUCGGAACUCCGAGGAUGUUCCAGUUGUGACUCACGACCGUGCAGUGUCCAUGAUCCACGCAGCCAUGCUUGCAGUCGACGUGUGGUCCAAAGUGACAAUGAGCAACAGCUCGCAGAAUCCGACACGCGUCAAACGCGCCUGUCAGGUCAUUGUCAAGAUUGUCGAUCUUGCUUCAUCGUCCGAGGGCACGCUCGCACGACCGCUCGACCUUGCCCUGCAGCAGCUUCGUCGAUUCGCGCCGUUUGAAAAUGAUGUCGCUGCCGAUAACGCUGCCUCGAACAACUUGCUCGCCGUUCCCGGCUCGGCGAGUGGGGUCGCUCCUGGACCUCAGCUCGCAAAGCCGCAAGAUCGCCCAGUAUUUGUGGCGGAUCCGGACGAUUUCUCCAAGCGAAUUUGGACAGCAAUUCAAGAAGCGGGCAUGCUAGAGACAGUCUUGUCGAGCUGCAAUACGGUGCUGGAAAGGGUUGUGUUUGACCACAAGGACGGCGACAAUGGUCCAGCGUCUCUUACCGCAUCAAGCCUCCUCGAUGCGUUCGACGACAUGACCGAAAGCGCUUCCCCCAACGCUCUUCACGAGAAACAUUCCAACUGCAUCGGCUCGAUCGAGUCGACUGACGCGAUCGUGAGCACGUUUGUGCGUCUCUUGGUCGGCGUGCCUCGAAUCCUUUCUACGAAUGCAGACUCCCGGCGGGACGAACUGGUCUUGUCACUCUACUUCGACUGCCCGGUGGAUUCGAUGAUCGCGUUGGCUCCAGUGCUUUUCGAUUUGCUCCGCAAAGGCAAGUUUUGGAUGAGCCAGCGGGAUCUUGUCGAUGCACUUGAUCGCAUCGGAUCAGAGCUGCUGGCAUCUUAUCAGUUCGCUCGGCACCCCGCAGCCCGUCUUGCCGCCAUCCGCGCAGUAAAAGCAGUCUUGCCUCUGCUAUUGGAAGAUUUCGACGAGCAGUCGGAUCUGUUUGACAAGGUGCAGAAGCUAGCCGUCUUUUUCGCGGACCAGAUUGGCCGAGUCAAGUGGCCAACGCCCUGGGGGGUGCAACUUGAUUGCGCCAGCUUCUUAGCAGAGUGCCUACGACAGGAUGGAGAAGGACGCCUGAGCCGAUCAGGCAGCGCUCGUGCCAGCGGCUUUACCCCGCGGAAGUCUCUGUUGUGCAUCAACGCAGACGCUGACAUACGUGUGCGAGGUCUCGGGUCACCGAUGGCGGCAAAUGUGUUUGACACCGUAAUAUCUGAACAAGGCCAGACGUCCGACCUCUACAACGAAUUUCGGGACAGUCUGCCUAGCGAUUCCAGCAUUCCUCAGCACAUUCUGACACGAGCGCUCAGCCUCGCCAAUGUCGCCAUCGUCAACUCGGCGGUUCGCCAGUCGGCACUGUUCCAUCUCCUCGAGAUCGUCCUUGCAACCGAUAUGUUUCCAAUCACCGUACAGCACCUGUUUGCGCAGAUCGCGGCAAGACUUGGGUUCCCUGACGCUUCAAGUUGCUACCAAGCCUUUGCUGGUCAAAUGACAUGGGGGAUGGCUACCAAUAACUACGAUCCGCUGCAGGUGCCUUGGAAGGUGGUCGGAUUUACAAGCAAACGCGAGUGCCUCGAUGCGACUUUUGCCGCUAGCGGGAGCAUGUUGCUCGCGGCUCAGACGCAGCAGGGCAAGACGCAGUUCGACGCCCUCGUCCAAUUGACCAAAAGGACCCAUCGGCAAGGUCUGCAGGAGUGCAUGCCCUUCCUCACCGCCGCCUACUUGGGCUUUGCUGUUGAAGCGACGCAGCAGCAGGAAAGGCCGGAUCUGGCCUCCAUUGGCACACGAGCGUUGCAUGAACUGACUCAGCUCGGGUUUUCCGACAGCGCCGAGCAUGAGGAGCUGCGACGAAUGAUCUCGGGCGCGGACGAUCUGGUCGUUACCACCUUGCUGACGCUGUAUUUCGAGCCAGCGGCUACCCUGGCAGAAAGUCGUCGAUCGUCUCUGGCUCGGCUGACGCAGCUAGACGCUAAAGCCGGAAAAGCCCUGUCAAGCUUGACGCCAACGACCGCAUCCUCUGCUCUGGUCCUGCACGAACCAAGCCGACCUUUCUUCGCGAGCGCCGUCGUUGCUGAAGCGCUUUUGGCUUUGCCAAACCUUGGCAUCGAGCCAUUUAGUCAAAAUGUCGUCUACAACGUGCUGCGUCACGUCGUCCACCGCAUUGCAACAUCAAGAUUUCACAACGAGCAGCUUCGCUUGUGUGCGGCGCUGCGUAUUUAUCUUGCAAUGUGUGGCGACAGCUUCUGGGCUGAUCAGCUCAAUGUGCGCAUCUUGGUUCAGAGCGUGGAACUGCUGCUCGAUCAGCGACUCCUUCACGACGACUUUGGGCCGAUCCUAAUGUAUGCUUGCAGCCACUCGUCUUUGGCUCAGCACAAACCUGAUAUUUUGGUGUCAUGCAUCGCUACCUGGGCAGACAAAACAGUAAAACAGCUCACUGAAUCGCCAAAGGCUGGCGAAUGGCUGUUCGAAGCUGCACGCGCAGUAGCCAAGGCGUCACCCAUCGCGACCUCCUCCACUAUACUCUUGUGGCCAGUCAAGAGCACGUCUACGGAGCAUGCUGCAAUCGAAGGACUCAUCGAUAUUGAUACUGUGGCUUUUGCGAUGCAGGCUUGUCCACGACUAUCGCUUCGCCUGCCGUCGAUGUUACGUAUUCGGCACGUCCUCAGAAGAACAAACAGGUCACAGCUCGAGACCUUUUGUCUCAGAUCAGGCUGGAAGCUGCUCGAGCGAAUGGCUAGCUCCCACGGCACGAUAUCAAGUUGCACCGAAGGCGAAUCGCCGAGCGAUGUCGUCAGCGAUAUCUAUGCUUGCAUUUCGAGCGUCGACGACUCUGUCCUGAUGCAGCGUGAACGUGCAUCCACCGAGCAUGGACACAAGCAAGGCCAGACGGCUUCCGAGACAUAUCUUGCUGCCGCCGACACAAGCCAGGCGUGCAGCCUAUCAGCUGCAGCUGUUCUCAAGGUACAUGAGCUAACACAAACACUGCCCCUCGAGCCGAGCUACCAAGCUUAUGAGACGUUGCGCAGCAUUGUUGCCGUCGUUCAGGACCCUUUCAUGGACACCUUACCUACCGUCAGCCGAGGAGAGAUUGAUCGCAUUCGGCCGAGCAUUAGCGCUCUGACGACUCGUGCCGCAGCUUUGCAGCCGGAGAGCCUGCCGGAGCAAGCACUGUUGGAAUCCUCGACCUCAUCGGAGCUGUGGAUCCGCCGAAUCACGGCAAUCAUGUGCAGCAUUAUCGCUUCCUUCCCGCGAAAAGACUUUUUCCGUCCCAUCGGUCAAUUUGUGUCGACGAACAAAGAAGCCGCCGAGGCUCUUUUCCACGUCUUGCUUCUCUGUUUCACGACCGUGGACAUGGAUACAAACGUCGCAACGUCGUCUGCUGGCGGAAGAAGAAGAACAUCGGGAAGGCGGUCGGACUUUCAAGACCAAGCGGCUUCGCUACAGCAGUACCGUGCCGCGAUGGCGACGCAUUUCGACCACAUACUCACCGCACAGACCGCUGAUCCGAAAUGUCAUUCGAUCAUCGUCAACGCGCUUCUUGCCGUGAGGUCGAACAGACCCGUCCAAGAGGAGCCAGACAAAGUCUGCUUUUGGUUCCAGGUCGACACGGAUCUGCUUGCGAAAUGCUGCAUCGCGUGCGGGCUCUACUCUGCCGCCAUCUUCUUUGUGGAGCACGGCGACAGGGAGGCAGACGAGUCGCAGGUAUCCUAUGCUCCGCACAUGAAAGGCAGGGCAGAGUUGCUUCACCAGGCAUACAUGAACAUUGAUGAUCCUGACGCAUUCUACGGCAUCACGGACGGAGACGUGCGCGAGCUACUUCUGAAACGACUGCACCACGAAGGGCAGUGGCUGCGAGCUUUUCAAUACCAUGCAGCCGCCUAUGAGGCUUCAACUUCUGAUGGCGAGAGCGCCACCGCGCAGGCGGGUGCGCUCGGCGAAAGUCUAUCGCAGCUGGGCUUCCAGCGUCUCGUCCACGGUGUCAGUACAGCAUCGGCUUCUCCGAGCUCAGUUGGUCUGCAUUUGGCCCCUGGUAAUGGUGUCGUCUCUACUACGUGGGACUUGCCUACGGACUCGAGCUUGUUGCUAGCAGGAGGCGAUGGGGUCGAUUCGAUGCUGCGCACUUUGCGUCAGGUCAACAACGAGCAAGAUGUCGACAAGCCUCUCUCGCUUGCGAUUCAGUCGCAGCUGCAGAGACUAUGUUCCGUCCCUGCCGAGAGUAUUGCCAACAUGCGCAAAAUUCAGGGUGACCUGCUCUCACUCGGACAAAUCAAAGAAUGGCGCAAAGCGUCGUCGUCGUUAGGAUCAGAAGAAGCGGUGAUGCACCUCAAGUCGGUGUGGACGCGAGCCGACGUCGGAGACCAAUUUGAGAGAGCAGAAGCAAUCCUCAACACGCAGCAGUCGUUGUUGCAGAUCGCACGACAGCGCUUGCAAUCAACUCAGAUCGGUGACGUUCUGGACGGUCCAGCCGAAGAGAUCGCUCGAGUCGAGAGGCUUCUACUGGUAAGACUCAGCCAACAAGCUCGCGAACACAAGAAAUUGCAGAAAGCCAUCAACGCGACUGCACGAGCAGAAAAGAUCGAGCUUCUUCUGGGUGACGGUGCCAAUCUGGCGCGAGAGGAGUUCGCGGCCGUGCUUUGGGAUCAGAAGGAACAUUCUCCAGCGAUGCAGCUUCUUUCGCAGAUCGUCGAUGACCUGGCCAUUACUACGCAAGCUUCAAUGCAGCAACGACGUCGAGGCGCACGUCUCCUAGCGCUUCUGGCUCAGUGGAGAGCAACAGCGAGAUCUCAGCACCCGCGAGAGAUCGAUCGGAACCUCUUCGAACCGGCCCUCAAGAUGGUCGCCACUUCCACGCCCUCCGAUACUUCCAAAGGAGCCGAAGCAACCAUGGAGCAAUCCGACAUUUCCUACAGGUGGGCACGGUUUGCGGAAGAGCAUCACCGCGGGUCGGACAUGGCCGAAGUCCGGCGUCUCCGACUCUACAUCCAACGUCGUGCAGAAGAGAUUGCUCUGAACCAGCACAAGUACGAGAGGACGAGCUCGAAAACGGACCGCGGGAAGCUGCUUCAGUUCCAGCGUCAGGCCGAAAAGAUCAUUCGCCAAGAUCAGACUCGUCUCACCGAGCUGGAAGCUUCAAGAACGCAUUUCCUUCGCCGCAGCGUCGUCAUGUAUGCACGUGCGUUGAGCUCUUCAGACGCGCAUGACGAUGCUGUUGCUCGGCUCAUCUCGCUGUGGUUCGAAAAUGCGGAAGAUGCCGAGUUGAACCGACUGUUGACGAAUUGCCUCGCCUCGGUCCCAUCGCGCAAGUUUGUUGCUCUCAUGCAUCAGCUUUCCGCUCGUUUGACCGAGGUGCAAGAUCAGAGCGAGCCCGUGGCGCUGUUCCAAUCGAACCUCAAUCAGUUGCUGCUACGGAUGUGCCAGGACCAUCCCUUCCACUGCCUGUACGCCAUCUUCGCGCUGAUCAAGACGGGCGCCGAUGCCAAGGCCGCUUCGCAUCGCACUGGACCUAGAAGCUCUAUUGGUGCCUCCGAGAAUGCCGUGACAUCCCUAUCCCCCCCGGUCCUACGUUCGACCGCUGCGGAGAAGAUCUGGAAUCACGUCAAGCGACAGACGUCGCACGGAAAAAGGAUCCGAAUAUUCGAGGAGUUGUGUUUGGCGUACGUCGAAUGGGCGGAAUUCGACCUCGCUUCUCGUCCAGAUCGCUACUUUCAAAGCAGCGGCGCCAUCAAGAAAGGCGCUCUGCGUAUGCCGCCGUCGGGCGAGCUGCGGCUGGUGCGGAUGCGAGACCUCGACGUUCCUGUUGCGACUGCUCGUCUCGAGAUCGACCCAACGUGCAAGUACGAGAAGGUGAUCUCCAUUGUGCGGUACAGCGACAGUUUUACCACCGCAGGAGGAAUACACUUGCCCAAGAUCAGCGAAUGCAUCGGAAGCGAUGGAAAGCGGUACAAACAGCUCUUCAAGCGCGACGAUGAUCUACGCCAGGACGCGGUCAUGCAGCAAGUGUUCCGCAUGGUCAACGACCUGCUCAAGUCGGAUCGCCGCACUCGCGAGCGCAAAUUGGCGAUCCGCAUUUACACAGUCUUGCCGCUCGGUCCGCAAUGCGGUAUGCUCGAGUUUGUUACGAACACGGUGCCGCUCGGAGAGUUGCUGAUCGGGCUCCAUGACAAAUACCGUUCCAACGACAUUACGCCAACGCAAGCAAGGACCAAGAUGCGCGACGCCCAGUCUCUGCCCGCCGAGGCUAAGCUCGAAGCGUUCUUGGACGUCUGCGAGCAGAUGCGGCCAGCGUUCCGUUACUUUUUCAGCGAUGCCCAGCGCAUGCCGAGGGACUGGUACGAAACACGGCUGAGGUACACACGCAGUGUCAGCACGAAUUCGAUCGUCGGACACGUCCUAGGACUCGGAGACCGACAUGUUUCCAACAUUCUUCUCGACAAGGAGAGCGGAGAAUUGGUGCACAUCGAUUUUGGUGUGGCAUUCGACCAAGGCAAGCUGCUGCCGAUCCCAGAGCUGGUCCCUUUCCGUCUCACACGUGACCUUGUUGAUGGAAUGGGCAUGCACGGCGUCGAAGGAACCUUUCGACGAUGCUGCGAAGAGACGCUGAGGGUGCUGCGCGCGCACCAGGACGUGAUCAAGACGGUGCUCGAGGUGUUCCGACACGACCCCUUGUUUGCAUGGACCUCGAAUCCGAUCAAGGUGCUUAGGGCGCAGGAAGACGAAGAAAGCUCGUUGCCUGCGCUGAGCCUAGAGCGAUCUGGAUCUACUUCGAGGACCGGCCGAUCUACGCCGGCGCCUACGCCAGCAGCGGUACAGGGGCGAGGCGCGGUCUCGAGGUCAACAACUCCGUACGCGGCUCCGACCGACGCUGCGGAAGCGGUGGGUACAGACACGGCCGAAUUGAGUGCGGAUAGAGCCGUGACCUCGGUGAUGAGCAAGCUUUCGUCGUCGUUAAGCAUCGAGUACACGGUCAACGAUCUGAUCCAGCAAGCGACGGACGCUGGCAAUCUGUCGGCAAUCUUUCAUGGUUGGCAAGCUGCGCUGUGA